CAAGUUUAAUAUCUGAGUUGAACGUUGUACCAACACGGUUUGCCCUAAAUGAAUAUUAUAUCUAAAAUAAUGUUAAGGGGAUCAAUAAAUCAAUUUCAUACCAACACACGACCAAAUGAGCUACAGUUAACCGUGCUGCUUCUCUCUUGAAUGGCUCAAUUCUGGGGAAAAUUUUGACUGGAAAAGUUGGCGUAUUACCAUACAUCCUUCCUUUUAACUCUUUUGAUGUUGUGGGGGAGAGAGUGAUGGAGAAAGAAGGGAGCUUGAGGUUGAGGCGAAUUGCGAUGAAGGAGGAGGAGGUGGAGCCAUUGGAGUUCAUAGAAGAGAUGACGAGUCAUGUAGAUGAGGUGCAGAAGAUGGUGCUGGAUGACAUCCUCUCCACCAAUGCCAACGUUGAGUACCUACAGAGGCAUGGGAUAUUCGGUAGAAGUAUAGACAGGAAAACCUUCAAGUCCAAGCUGCCAAUCAUCGAAUACGAAGACAUCCUGCCCGGCAUACAGAGGAUAGCAAACGGUGAUCCUUCACCCAUUUUCUCUGCCCAACCCAUCUCCGAGCUACUAACUAGCUCUGGAACUUCAGGCGGUGAGCAGAAAAUGAUCCCGGUGACUGCCAACCAUCAUGAAGGGAUUUAUACAAACUUCGGAUGGCUCAUUCCCGCUGUCAUGAACAAAAAUAUCUCAGGAUUAGAUAAAGGAAAGGUCCUAUUCUUCUUCUUGACUAGAAGAGAGACCAAGAGUCCAGCUGGAAUUAUCAUGCGGACUGUACUUACAAGCUACUUUAAAAGUCCUCAAUUUCUUUGCAAACACUAUGCUAACAUCAACUACACAAGCUCCAUUCCCUCCAUCCAUUGCACAGAUGUCUUCCAAAGCUUGUAUGCUCAAAUGCUUGCCGGCCUAGCUGACCGGCUUGCCAUCUUUCAGAUAGGUUCAACUUUUGCACCAAUCUUUCGCCAGGCUAUCCACUUCCUCAAGCGUCAUUAUCAGGAACUUGCAGCAGAUAUUGAGCAUGGGACAGUGAAUCCACAAGUCACUGACACAGCAGUUAGAGCAGCAUUAGGAAACGCUCUGACCCCUGACCCAGAAAAUGCAGAACACGUAAGGAAGGAAUGUUCAAGUGGGGUUUUUCAGGGUAUCAUAAGGAGGAUUUGGCCAAAUACAAAAUUCUUGGAUCUUAUAGUGACAGGACCAAUGGCACAAUAUAUUCCAAGCUUGAAUUUCUACAGUGGGGACUUGCCUUUGACCAGCACUCCCUAUGGAUCAUCAGAGUGCUUCUUUGGGUUAACCUUAUGCCCUUUUACUAAGCCUGAUGACAUUGCCUACACCAUUAUGCUAACAUGGCCUACUUUGAGUUUUUGCCUGUCAAGCCUGCAUAUGAUAUUGGCUCACGUGGAGGAUGGAAAAGAGUAUGAGCUCAUGGUCCUUGUUCUUCUACCAGAUACAGACGAUUCAACUAUGUUUCCUUUCCCGAAAAUAGGAUCUAGUCUUUACCGAUAUAAGAUUGGGGACGUACUAAGAGUUGCCAACUUCUACAACAAAGCUCCCCAAUUCCACAUUGUUGGUCGGAAAAAUGUUUGCCUUAGCAUUGAUGUGGACAAAACGGAAGAGACAGAGUUACAGAAGGCCAUAGCGGCAUCUGAACUUGCUCACCUUAGGCCACAUAAUGCAAGAGUUCUUGACUACAGUUGUUAUACUGAUGUUAAGACAAUUCCAGGGCAUUAUGUUAUUUACUGUGAACUUUCUCCAAUCAAUCAUAGUGAGAACUCUUCAUUCUCACGGGUAAUCGACCAAUGCUGUCUCACUAUCGAACAGUCACUAAAUUCUGUUUACAGAACCCUGAAUGCCUAUUACAAAACAAUAGGACCAUUGGAAAUCAAGCUUGUGAAAGAUGGUGCAUUCCAUGAAGUAAUGGACCAUGCUACAGCUAGAAGUGCUUCUGCUGCACAUUUUAUAUUGGAGAUAUUGGAGGCGAGGGUUGUGUCAACUCAUUUUAGUCCAGGUGUUCCAAGUUGGUAGCCAUGACCGCAGCAGAAGAUGGCUUCAAUCGGAUAAGCUCAAGCUUCUGGGAGGAGAUCUACUUGCAUUAUAUUUUGUCUGCACGUCUGUAUGUGUUGUACACAACUGUCUGGUGCUUCUAUCUAUAAAUGAACAUGGACAUCUUCCCUUCUUAGCCGCGCACAUAUAUGCACAUAUAAGAAAAUAUUCAAAAUACUGCCCACCAAAUUGGUAGCCACGUCCGUUCAGUGAUAGAGCAUGCGCAGCUUCAUAUUUAAAGCUAGAAUGAGAAAAUGAACGAAAAACGUUCAAUCUCGUAGGGGACUGCCUCAAUGAUGGUUAGGCAGAACCCUUUAACUUUUUUUUAUUUUUUAUUUUGUCUAUUUUAAAAUUUUUAUUUCAUUUCACAGAAAUAUACAUAAAUAUAAAAAUCAUUCAAUUUCAAUGAAAAGUAGCAGCAUUUCUUUGGUGACACAUUUUCUGGAUUUUAAAUUCAAUUCGACCUUUUAGCAAAAUCCACUUGAAUACCUUACUAUUUUGCCAAUUUGCUACGAUUAUAAUUUUUUAAUAUUAUCAAUAUUAAAAAAUUAUAGUUAAUAUUUUCUUAAAUUUACAUAAAGCCAUUAGUUUAUUGUUUUGAUUUAAAGAAGUAUAGUUAAUAUUUAUUUUUAAAUUCUUUUAGAAGUUGAUUAGAGGUUUUCUGAAAUUUUAGAAAGUUGAAAGGGUCCACUUUAUUGUUAUUUUAUUUCUAGUGGACUAAUUUUGUAAAGUUGUCAACACACCCUAAUCACUUUUAAUAUGAGAUUAGGGUUACGUGAAUGAGAAUCUGAAUGUUUCCUCUCUUUCUCUCUCCCUCCCUCUUUCUCUCUCUCUCUCUCUCUUGUUCCUCUCUUCCUCCCUAUUGAACAUGGUAUCAGAGCAACGGGCCUAGGGCUGUAAGAUCAAGGGUUCCACGCUCCUUCCUUCCUAUCCUCCUUUCUCAUCUCUCCUGUCAAGCUAGGGUUUCACAUCUGAAAUUCCUCUUGAUUACAAAAGAAGCAAUCAGACUGGUUAGUGGAAAGGGGCUAAUCACGUUUAACAUGUAGAGACGUGAUUAGCACCCUAGUGCGGCUGUUGAAGACGUUAAGCUGCAGAAAAAAAAAAAUCUGAUGUCGUUGUGUAUGUUGUUGCCAUGGAAGAAGAUCAGACCAUCGACAACGGUAUGCUGAUCAAAUCUGAUGUCGUGUAUGUUGCUGCCGUGGAAGAAGGUCCAUUGACAAGGGUGUGCUGAUUUGCUCGGUUGGGUGCUGCCUCAUGGAUCUUCGCAUUUAGAGUUGGAAGAAGAGCUUUGUAAUAUACGGCAACGUCAUCAAUAUCUAUCACAAUAUUUUGCUACGUUGACUGUUGCAUAUGAGAGGUUAAAAGCUCUUCGCCCAUCAUGCAAGCACUGCUAUGCAUCUCAUUUUGAAACUGGUAUGGUGGCAAAGUUUCUAUCUGGGUUAUCUUCAGAGUACUCUGUGGCAAAGUCUCAAAUCCUCACAGGCAGUGAUCUUCCAGACUUAGCAGACACAUAUAAUAGGCUGAGUCGCCUUGCUGUCACUCUUUCUCAGUCUACACAUAAUACACGAGUCUUUGCACUUGUGACAUCAGGAGGACGGGGCCAUAGUUCUUUUACUAGCACGAGAGGACGUGGCACAGGCCAUGGUGCAGGACGUGGCAGAAUUUAGUUCUCUUAUUGUGCCAAGCUAGGUCAUUUGGAGGACCGAUGUUGGGAUAAGCAUCCUCAUCUUCGUUCUGGUGGGUCAUUAGGCCGUGGUGGAGGGAGAACCAUUAUAGGAAAGGGGCCUUCUUCGUCCAAUGCAACUUCCUCACAGGCUACAGCUUCUAUGGUUGAGUCCCCUACCUCUGCUCCAUCAUACUUACUCAACUUAAGUAAGAAGGAAUAUGAUCUAGUUCUUGCUCAGAGGUCCUCCCCUGCAUCUACUAGCACUGUUGCAGUAGAGUCGGCUUUCACUGUUGGUGCCCCUACAACUGACCCAGGACUUACAAACUGGGAAGACGAUUGGUAGCGGCCAUGAAUGGGAGGGACUCUACUUUCUGUCUAUUCCAGUCAAUGUUGCUGUAUCAUCAUUCACAUCGAAGCCGACUCCUCUGCAGUGGCAUCUCAGACUGGGUCAUCCCUCUGUGUCCAAACUUCGUCGCAUUCUUUCCAGAUAUUCCUGCAUCAGAGUCUUUCCUACGUGAAGCAUGCCAAUUAGGCAAGCAUACACGUAGUAGUUUUCCCUCGAGUUAGAGUCUUUUUAAUCUAUUUCAUGUUGAUGUUUGGGGUCCAAGUCGGGUUUCUUUUCGUUCGCGUUUUUGGUAUUACCUUGUUUUGGUUGAUGAUUUUACCAGAGUCAGUUGAGUAUUUUUGUUACGAGAAAGGUUUGAAGUCAUUUGUAUUCUUUAGAGAUUUAUCAAGGAAAUAAAAACUCAGUUUGGUUC